AUGCCCGGGGCAUGCAACGACCUGAACAUCUUGGCAAAGUCUCCGUUGUUUGAUGAGCUUACCAUCGGUAGAGCACGUCUGAUCCAAUUCCAAGUUAACAAUAGAGCUCACAGUUUAGGGUACUAUCUUGCCGACGGUAUUUAUCCUCGAUGGGCUACUUUCUUGAAAAUUGUUCGAAAUCCUACACGCCCCAAGGAAAUCGAGUUUGCAAAGGCUCAAGAGGGGUAUAAGAAGGAUGUAGAAAGAUGUUUUGGUAUAUUACAGUCACGGUUUGGUAUUGUUAGAGGAACUGCUCGUGGGUGGCAUAAAGAGGACCUUCGAUACAUCAUGUUGACGUGUAUUAUAUUACAUAACAUGAUUGUCGAAAAUGAACGACCUGAGUUGGAGUCCGAUGAUGAGGAGGAUAACAAUAUGAGGCCCAAGAUUGCUGAGGUAUGGGAGGGACCAACCGGUAGAGACUUUGAUCCUGUUGGUAAAGAUACUCAUCAUAUGAACGGAUUCAUGGACCGUUACCAACAAAUUAGAUCUGUGCACAGUCACUCCAACCUUCAGGAAAACAUCAUUCAACACUUUUGGGAAUUUCAAGGCAAUAGGAGUAUCUAG